AGCAGAUAGCUACAAGAAAGUCUGAACACAUGUAGGGUGCCUUUAACAGUGGAUAAUGCUGUUGCGUAAAGUGAAAAAAGAAGUGGCCACCGACACUCAAGGUUCCUCUGGUGAUUCUGAGAUGGAGCUUCAGAAAAAUAAAGAAUCUGAGAAAAAAGCAUUUCUAGACUUGAUGAAUUUUUCAAAAUCUGGACCUGAAAAGCUAUCAGCGAACCUUGUUUUCAGAAACAACCUGGAACAGAACCAUCUGGAUGAAGCACAGAAGCUGCUGGUGGCUGCUGAGGAACGUCUGUUUGGUUCGAAUAAACCAGCUAGAGCCGAGGAAGAUGAGGGAGAGCUGCUGAAUAACUACCAAUACUUCAUCGCUCAUCUGGAGAUGAUUAUCAAUGACUCCUUCACUGAGGACAACCAGGAGAGACUCAAGAGUGCUGUGACUGCCAUACUUCAGGAGGAGGCACAGGACAAACGCUGGGAGACACUGGCCAAAGAGAAACGGCCAGCUUGGAGGCCGACAAGGUGCAGAGAGAUCCACAAGGAUGUUGUGGAGAAACGAAUGAAGAACACAGAUGAACAGGAGAAUGGGGCGAACGAGCUGUCUUCUCCCUUGAAGAGAGAAGUGUCCCGAUUGGGCAAGCAAAUACAAAAAGAUCUGCUGGUGGUGGUCAGACGAUUGAGGCAAUGUUACCCACCAGACUUUGACAUUUGCAAAAUAUAUGUCGAGCUUUACCAUCAGGCUUUCUCCAACAGACUCCAGGAGCUGACCAGAUCUAAGGUGGAUGUUGAAGAUUGCUGCUAUAUAUUAAGUUGGAUUGUGUUUCACUACCCAAGUGGUGUGCUGAACCACCAGGAAUUGAAAGAGCACAUCGACCAAUCAUCGCUUGGACCUCUGCUGCCUGAAGGAACUCUUAAGAUAUUACAUGAUCAGUACUUUUUAUACAAACAGAAAGAAGUCAGUGAGUCAUUGUCCAACGCUUUUGGGAAAGAAAUAAAAAAAUGGAAUGAUGGCAUUGAGCCACAUCUGAUAGAUGGAUUCUACGUCAGCAACCUUGCUAAAGAUAUUAUACCGCAUAUUAAUUCAACUAUGAAGGAGAUCAAAGCAAUUUUGGGCUCUGGAAGUAAAAACGAGUAUAUGUUGUGCCAUCUGAACAGUUAUCUAAAAGAGUUUAUGACAAAUCUAGAGAAACUUAUCAAAGUUAAACAAGGAGGUGCUGCUAAAACUCUCUGUGCUAAUCUGGUUAACAUUCACAAGUUUAGGAAUUAUGCACAACAAGCAAAAAGUCUUUUCCCGGAAAAGACUAAAAGAGAACUGCUGUGCACAUUAGCAAACAUCAAAUCAGUUUGUUACCAAUAUUUUCUCAGUCAAAUUCACAAAGAAUUGAAGCCGCUGUACCGUAAGCUUUGGACUGACGCCUGGUGUGAUAAGCACGAUAAGGUUUUGGAUGGGCUGGUGAAAGCACUUGAAAAUCAUAUUCAUAAAUUGAAACCACUGAAGUCUGUCUGCCGAGAGGAACUGCUGGGCGAGCUGCAUUUAGAAGUAAUGGUUGAAUAUGUGAGGCAAAUGAUGAAAAGAAAACUAAAGCUGAAAAAGAAGGAACAUCAGGAGGAAGCCGCUGAGUUCAUGUGCCAAGACAGCAGAAGUAUCUGCUCUACGUUUGCCAAAGCGGGGUCCAAUGUGAAAUGGCUUUCUGAAGUACUGCCAAGAUUAUCUGAGAUCCUGAAACUUCAAGAUCCUGGGAGCCUGAAACUUGAGAUGGUUACACUAGCAAGAAUUUAUCCUGACCUGAGUGAGCAACAUGUUCUUGCUGUCUUAACCAUGAAAAACAACCUAUCAAGCUCGGAUCUGUGUGGGAUCAAAGAUUGUUUGCGUGAUAACAAAGACACACAGGGUGAUCAGUCCUCCCCUUCUUUCUUUUCCAAAGUAAUUGUGAAAAAGAAAAUCUUUUAAGUGUGCUGUUUUAUCUGUACAUAAAUGUGAUACACAUAUCAGUAUUAAAGCAUUUAAUGCAUCGAGUAUGUCAUUUGCCUCCCGAACUGAGGGGGGAUGAGUGGGCACCCGCGGGCACGUUGCAGCGGCCUUGCAAUGUGACAAAUUCCGGAUGUUGCCACGGUGCUGGCUGUGGGGUGGCCUGUGUGGCUCCCCAGGCUUUCGCGAUGUCAGCUAUGGGGAGGCGUCUUUGGGAUUGAUCAAUGUGAAUAAUCCAAAGACUGCUGGGUCCAACUGUACAAGCUCAAUUCAGCACAAGCGACAGCUCAACUCCGUGGCCAACAAAAAACAAUCCCAGAGUGUUAAAGGAAUAGUCUACCCUUUUGCCAUAUUAAACUAUGUUAUUACCUCAACCUAG